UAUUUCAAGAUGGCGUCCGACGAAGAGGAUGAUUUGGAAGCUUUAAGACUAGCAGCUUUAGCUUCGCUGAAAAGAAAGAAAAAUGACACUGCCAAUAAUCAACCCCCGGCUGCUGCAGCACCACCACCACCACCAGCACCACCUCCUAAUCAAGAAACCAGACAAAGUAUGGGUUAUUCUACGUACCAGGGGGUAAAUCAACCUCAGUUAAACCAGUCCCAACCAAAUCUGUUCUAUCAGAGCAGAGGAAGGGGAAACAACAGACGCCCCUUUAGGGGUGGGAGAGGAAGGGGAGGACACUGGAACAAUUCUCAGUCUACAUCGAGAUCUUGUUUGAUUGUACUGACCCAGGAAGAACCUAAGAAGGAAGUGUCAAGGGCAGACGUACUGGUGAAGGCUGGACCUCAGGAUUCGAAACCGUCUACCAAAUCCAAACUGUUACUUCCUCAGGAUAAAUGGGCAUCUUCAGCUCUUUCUGAUGAAAACAGUCAAUCUUCUACUCCCACUAGACCAAAAGAUAAGUUUUCCCGAUAUGAUGACUCGGAUUCAGAUUCUGAUGAAAAAUCUGAUAAACAGGAUUCUUCGGAUGAGGAGGAGGAAGAUAAUCACAGUGACAAAGAAAACCAAAAGACUCUCUCCAAUGUAGAGGAGACAAACAAGAGCCCUGAUAACAGACCCAGUGAUUCAAGGUCACCUUCUCCAGAAUACACAAGGAGCCGUAGUGAAUCCGAGUCCUCGGGAAGCAGGCGUUCAGAGUCACCAGAAACGACCAAAAAUGAAGUGGAAAGAAGUCCUUCAAGUUCCCCCGAGAGACCAGAAAGCAGUAAUUCCACAAGACCAAGUUCUCGUUCCAGCAGAUGUUCACGAAAAAAUUCUCAAUCAAGCUCAAGAUCAAGUUCUCGUGCUAGUAGACAUUCUAGAAAUAGUUCACAUUCUAGUUCAAGGCCAAGUUCACUUACUAGAAAACAUUCUAGGAGCAGUUCAUGUUCGCAGGGAAGAUUUCGAGAAAGUUCAAGAGAAUCUCAUAAAAGUGCAUCAUCUCCAUCUGAAAGACAAAAGACGUUGACAACAUUAACCUCUGUUAAACUUGAAUCCUCUCCCACCAUAAAAUCAGUCCCAAGGGGCCUCAAAAAUGUAGCUGAUGACUUAGAGAGGCAGAGUGAUUCAAGACCAUUGCAAAAAGCUUUCUCCUCUUAUUCUCCAUCUAGAAGGAAGUCAUCUCCCUUCCAAAAACAAAAAUCAUAUUCCCAAAGAUCCCGAUCAAGAGGUUAUUCUGGAGAACAUUCUCCAAGAAGGAUACAGAGAAGAAGAGGGUCAGAUUCUCCAAGGAGAGGAAGAAAAGGCAGAUCUCCAUCACCAAUUUCUAAGAGAAGAAAGUCAUUUUCUAGGAGUCGGUCACACUCACCAUGCAGAAAACCUCUAUCUCCUCGUCGGAAAUAUAAAAGCAAAUCACGAUCUAGAACUCCAAGAAGAAAUUAUAGACGAAGUAGAAGUCCAUCACCAAGGAGAAGUAGAAGCAGAUCUUUUUCUCCUAGGUCUUAUUCUCCAGGACCUCGUAGACGUAGUAGAUCUUUGUCACGGUCACCUCGACGAUGGAGCAGGUCUUCAUCUCGGUCGAGAUCUCCCCUACCACGACAGAGAGGAAGACCCCGAAACAGAACAAGAAGUCACUCUCUGUCUCCUAGAAGGGAAAGACUCCCAUUGAAAAGAACCAGGAGUCGGACAAGGUCAUUUUCACCUGGUAGAAAAGGGAAAGCUUUCAAAAGGUCUAGAAGUAGGUCGUUUUCACCAAAACGAUCACAAUAUUCACCUUAUAAGUCAAGAUCACCUUUACGGAGGUUACCAUCUCCACUUCCCAGGAGAAGGUCAAAAUCACCUUUACCUAGAGGUGAGAGAGGUACUUAUCGCAGAUCUCCUCUUCCUUACAGAAAAUCAGUUUCACCCAAAAGAAAUAGAGACAGGUCACUAUCUCCAAGAAGAAACAAAUGGUCUCCAAAGCGAAGUAGAAAUAGGUCUUUGACUCCUAAAAGACCCACAUAUCAAUUACCUGCUACAGAAUCUAUGUCUCCAAGGAGAAAGGAUCCCAGGCAGAAAGAUUCUGAUCAAAGAGAAAGUGCAAAGGGAAGUAUUGUUGACAAAAUGUUGGAGUUGGCUGGGCAGUCCCAUAGGGGUAAAGUGAAGGAGAAAAAUUCGAAGGAAGAUGUGAAACGGAAUGAUAGAGGUGGAGAGAUAAAGAAAUAUGUAAAGGAGAAGGAACAGAGUAAAAAAGUCACUGAAAGGCCAAGUGUGAUCAAAAGUAAUAGUGAAAGAGGUGUAAAUGACAGUGCACAUUUCAAUAAAAGUGAAAAAGCAUCUGCAAGUAAAAGUUUGAGUGAAAUUUCAGACUCGAAGGAUGUGGAAUUGUUGGAGGCCAGGAAAAGAAAAUUUGAAACAUCAGAAGUUAGUGUUGAAAAGAAAACAAUUUCCUUGAAAGGUAUAGCACCAAAGAAAAUGGACAGAAGUAAAAGGGAGAGCAAAGAUGGGGAUGGUUUGAAAAAAAGUAAGUCGUCGUCAGAAUCAAAGGAGAAAAGGUCUUCCAAGGACAACAAAAGUGAGAAAAGUUCCAGGAAGGUUAGUAGUGAACCAAGAAAAAGUGCAAAAUUAACAAUCAAUAAACGUAAAAGCAGAGAGUCUGUCAAAUCCACAAAGACAAGUGGGGAUGAUGAUUCCGAUGAAGAUGCAAGUAGAAGUGCUAUGAUGGAUGACUCUGAAAGUGAUUCGGAUGAGGAUACUUGGAGGAACAAGAAGUCUUCUGUUUCAGAAAGGAAUCAAGAUGAUAUAGACAGAGAGAGACGAAAAAGAUUGGAGGCAGCCAGAGAAAAGGAGAGGGAGGAAUACAGAGCACAGCGAGAGGAAAGAAGGAAAAGGGAAGAAAGGGAGAGGAAACAAGAGGAAGAAGAAAGGAAAAAGGAGAUGGAAGAAAGGAAAAAGGAGAUGAAUGAAAGGAAAAAGGAGAUGGAUGAAAGAAAAAAGUUGGUAGAAGAUAAGAAAUACCAUGAAAAAAGGGAAAGAAAAGAAAGAUCACUUGAAAGCUCAAAAUUAAACAAAGAAUCCAAAGUCAAAGAGCAUAGGCGAAAGAGAUUUGUAGAGUUAGAGGGCAGUGAUGAUGAUGAUGAUGAUGAUGAUAGAAAAGCCAGUGUAAAUAAAUCAGGGCCAAUCACAAGCAUUGUAUUACCCAACAAAAAGGCUGACAGUUCUAAAGCUCAGAAGGGUGGAAGAACCAUUGUAGCUCGUGACAAUGAAGAAACUGAUGAUAGUGUCUCAACAAGAAAUCUGUCAAAGACUGAUGCCAGGCAUUUAAUUCGUUAUAUCAACAAGGAGGGCAAUAAAGAGGAUAACAAAAUAGAGGAAGAAGAUAUGGAUGAGGAAGAGAUGACAUCUUCGUCUAAGAUGAAAGGCAAAGCCAGCCCGGUGGUGAUCUUUAAGUAUGACACAGUGAAAGACAAACCCAAGAUCUCAAAUGAAGGGUCCACGAGACGGUCAGUUCAUGCUCGACUUGGACUUCCUGUGGAUGUAAAGAAAGUCAAAAAGAGCAAGAGGACGGUUCAGGAAGUUUCACCAGAACCACAGAGAACAACCUUUGUUCACACCAAAGAGGAAGUUCAAGGUGAAAAAGGGGGCUUGGAUGCUAGAAUUAAACUCAUCAAGAGGAGGAAUGCCGAGAUAGAGAGAAGAGAGAGAGAAAUUAGGAAAGACAAGGAAAUUUAUGGGUGACAAGUUGACACUGACUUUGAUGGGUAACCACUUUGUUUAUCAAAAUAAAAUCAUGUGUAAAUCUUACAGGCAUUUUGUGUAAAUUUGAACAAUAUAUGAUAGGCAGUUGUGUUGUAAGUGAAUGCGAAGAGAAGAAAUUGUCAUAGGGCUCGAUAAAUUCGAGGGAGUGAUUGUGAAUCUUUUAGACGUUGUCAAGAUAAUAUUUACAAAUGUAUGGUAUUAAAAAUGCUGGCAUGCAAGUUCUGAAAAUGUCAAUAAAUGUGCAAGUGCUGCAAAAGUUGUUUAUUAAUAUAAAAAAAAAGGCUUCAAUGAUUUUGAUUGACCAGUUAUUAUACAUGUUUCUGAUGUUAAACAAAAUAGUCAAGUGACUAUUUGAUAAGCUGGAAAUUAUUGUACUAAUGUUUCUGCAUGUGUACGUGUAUGCUCCUCUGUCAUUUGUGUGUUAUACUCUCAAUAGGAACACAAUAUUUCAUCUCUUUGUCAAAAUAAGUAGAAAAAUCAUGUGUGCAUUUUAGAUUCAAAUGUUAUAUAGUUGGAUGCUGUAAACUUGCAUAUAUAGCAGAAUUUAACACACUUACCAACACAAUAGUGCAAUCAUGAAUGAACACAUUUUUGGAUUUAGUGAAAGUCGUUGUAAAUGAGUACGUGCAAAGUUAUAUACACUGUACAUGUUUGUAUGUUAGCGGUGUGUAAGACCUAUUGGAACUGAACGAUAAGGAAAAAUGCAAAGAUAUGAUUACUGCUAAAAGCUACUGUGUAAGAAAUCUGUUGGAAAUGUUAAUGUCCCAUUAAACAACAUUUGUGUAAUUGUUGGGCGAUAAUUAGCUACUUUUCCGCGAUGAACAGGCAUUCCGUGUCCCAGGUCUGUUUUUAGUACGUUAAUUCUGUGUAUUAUCGGUCACUGGGUCAUUGUCAGUGUUAGUUUAUGAUAGUCUUUUCUCAUGUGAAACAUAUUCAUAGUACAAAAUGAUGUGCCAAAUGUUAUGUAUUUUAUACGGCAGCAUGUGUAAUGAGUGAUUUUUUUAUUACACCACAAAUUUGAUAGUGUUAUGGUAUUCCAUUUUGAAAUAAGUCGAGGGAUUACCUCUACAGACAUCCUAUGCAUGAUCACAAACAAAAUAGUCAUCGUUUUCCAAAGCUUAUACAAACAACCCCAUCUUUAGAUAGGAUCAUUUUCCCCUGUAUACAGAUAUAUGUACAUUUCUAAUGUUUUUGCCUUUGGUAUCUUUACAAAUUGUAAUGAUAGCCAUAUCCUCAUGAAUGUGUUACAGUUGUAAACAAUACACUUCUGAAUUUUGAUUAGUAUAGUGUGUCUAUUUUAUGGUUGGAAAAUUCCAACAGAAAUUAAAGUAAAAUAUAAAUAUGAAGAUAAAUUUCACUUUUGAAAAUACACGAGGAUAUGAACUGGGACACUUCACGCUGGCAUACUUCAUGAAGCGUGUCAACACUUCCUAAACAGUAUGAAGGCAUGGAGAGUCGCAGUUCACGCUCUCGUGUAUUUUCGAAAUUGAAAUAUAUUUUUCUAAAUAUUCUCUACUGAUUGAUUAGUGUUUGGUUUAUUUUCGUUUGUCAGAAAUAUUGUGCAUACUUCAUUUAACAUGUAUUGUAGGCCUUACCGAAAUGUUAUUUGAUAUUACUUAAAUUCUUUAGUUUUGUCAAGGCAUUAUGUCUAUUUUUACAACACUGAGUAGUUAGAAAUGGUACUUUAGAAUGAUCAUAAAGAAGUAAACUGAUUUCAUGAAUUUUCUUGGGUAUCAAAUUCCAUGGAUUUGGCUAAAAAUUCAAUUUUAUUGAUACAGAACUUCCUGGAAAAUUUUUCUGUGUUCUCUCCUAAUCAGCAAAAAUUGUACGCCUGUUGAUUACUUGAUUUCGUGAACAGGCACAACCUUGAAAAGCAUGGAAAAUUGGUAUCCAGCGAAUACUGAUGAAACCACAGUUAUUUCCAAAGCAUAUUAAUUUUUCUUAAUUCAGUGCAGUAUAAGAAACCGAGUGUGUUAGAUGUAGCUGGCUCGCAGCACACCGCGGCAUGCAACAAAGAAUUGCGAGACCAAUCUUGGGUGCUUGUCUUUGUAAGCUAUUAAUAGCAAUCCUGUGUUAUGAUUAAUAUGAUGGAUAAAAAAAAUGCUUGUAUUAAGUUUCAUACACUGUGUCAUUCAGGAAGGAGUUUUACAAAAUCGGCACAAAAAGUUACAAUCAUGUUGUAUAUGUAUAUUAUAUAUGUGAUACUAGAUAGUGUGAAUUUUGAAAAUUACUGAUAGUGUGAAUUUCAAAAAUUACUGUUGUAAAUUGUAGUCUCAAAAAUGUUUCUUGGCUACAGAAAGAAUGAAUUGGCCACAAAACUAUUAAAUGCCUAAUUUUUUUUCCCUU